CAGUAGUUGUCUGCAAACAGGCUGACCCAGCUCCACAAACGACCGCUGGGUUACUGUUGAGGGCGUGUCGACUAGGUUUAGGUCUUAACUCGGAAGGUCAUGGAGGCCGUCCAGCGAGUUCACCUGUUUCAUGUUGCAGUCAUCUGGUUGUGUGCUUCCUCUUGUGGUGUUCAAGCCAGCCAGGAUAAUGGUCCAGUAGUGACCACCGUAACUGGACAAGUCCGUGGAACCACCACCCACACAACCGACCUUCCCGACAAACCGAUCUACACUUUCCUGGGCAUCCCGUACGCAGCGCCACCUGUCGGAAAUCUCCGGUACCGCCCGCCCCAGCCUGCAGUACCGUGGGAGGGCGUCAGGGACGCUGUUGAAGUUGGCCACUUUUGUUCCCAAAAUGCCACAGCUUUCAACAAGCUGGACUUCCCUCUCAAGUGGGAAACGGAUGGCAAGACGAGCGAGGACUGUCUCACACUCAACAUCUUUACUCCAACUGUAGCAGCAGACUCCGUCUUACCGGUCUUAUUAUGGAUCCACGGAGGGGCUUUCUUCCUCGGCAUGGGUUCACCUCCCGGAUUCGAGUCUCUUGCCGCUCACCAAGACGUCGUGGUGGUCUCCAUCAACUACCGUCUGGGUGUGCUGGGUUUCCUCAGCACGGGAGACGACAACAUCCCAGGAAACUACGGAUUUCUGGACCAGAUUCGUGCCAUGGAGUGGGUGAAAGAGAACAUCCGUAACUUCGGCGGAGAUCCUGACAGAGUCACCAUAUUUGGAGAGUCAGCAGGCGGCGACAGCGUGUCCUGCCACCUCCUGUCACCCCUCAGUAAGGGUCUGUUCCAGAGAGCCAUCUCUCAGAGCGGCACCUGCCAAACCUUCCCGGUCGAACCGCAGACCAUCGCUCUGAUGGUCGGUGAAGCAGCCGGAUGCGACUUGGAGGACACUGCUGCCUUAGCGACCUGCCUGAAGGAGAUACCGCCCCAGGAGCUAUUGGACAUACACGAAUCCUUACACCAAACGGUCGGGGAGCUCCCCUUCAUGCCGAUUGUGGACGGGACCUUCCUGACGGCCGACCCGGCAGAGCUGCUGAGGAAAGGAGAAGUCAACACGGCGGAUUAUCUGCUCGGGUUCAACAACCACGAGUUCGGCUGGCUGAUGUUGUCGGACUUGACUCCAGGAGACGUCCAUGUUGGAAUGUCCCACGAGGACUUCGCGAUGGGGGUGAUGCAAGGGUUGGAAUACAAGUACCCUGGAAAUCCAAACGCAGAGAAAAUGGCGGAAGCCAUCGUCAAAGAGUACCGGGAUCCAACCACGCCUGACGACCCGUUGUCUAUCCAGUACCAGUACUCUCAGAUGUGGGGAGAUCUCCUGAUGGUCGCGCCUACCGUUUCGUUCGCUGAUCACCACGCCGCGGCUGGAGGUCGUGUCUUCCUGUACGAGAACGAGUACCGACCGUCCAUCCACCCGAACAGACCAGACUGGGUGCGGUGUGACCACUGUGACGACCUGUUCAUGGUGUGGGGACUCCCGUUUCUCAAGUUCCCGGACCCUCCCAUCGAGUACACCCGGGAAGACGAGAUGGUCAGCCUGAGCAUGAUGGCCUACUGGGCAAACUUCGCACGGACUGGCGAUCCCUCCGACUCCACCGGCGGACCCCCUGACAGCCCCUCCCUGCCGACCUGGCCUCAGUACACACCUGACAACCCGGUCUACAUGAAGCUGGACGUAGAGCCGACAACUGGCAGCAAGUACAAACCGGAGAAAAUGAAACUCUGGAACGAAGUUAUCACCCGACUAGCUGCUAAAAAAAUCCUACUCCAAUUUUAUGAAGGUGUCGCAACCGGUGAAGAUGGCGGCCUAGUUGUGACCACCGUAACUGGACAAGUCCGUGGAACAACCACCCACACAACCGACCUUCCCGACAAACCGAUCUACACUUUCCUGGGCGUCCCGUACGCAGCGCCACCUGUCGGAGAUCUCCGGUACCGCCCGCCCCAGCCUGCAGUACCGUGGGAGGGCGUCAGGGACGCUGUGGAAUAUGGGUCUUACUGUCCGCAAAACCUUCUGUAUUUUAACAUGAUUGACUUUCCUAUAAAACUCGGAAUGAACAUGACCAUGAGCGAGGACUGUCUGACUCUCAACAUCUACACUCCAACUGUGAAAACAGACGUGGCUUUACCGGUCCUUCUGUGGAUCCAUGGCGGCGCUUUGUCUGUCGGCAUGGGGGCUUUUCCCGGAUUCGAGUCUCUAGCCGCUCACCAAGACGUCGUUGUGGUCUCCAUUAACUACCGUCUGGGUGUGCUGGGUUUCCUCAGCACCGGAGACGACAACAUGCCAGGAAACUACGGAUUCCUGGAUCAGGUCCGUGCUAUGGAAUGGGUGAGGGAGAACAUCCGGAACUUCGGUGGAGAUCCAGGAAGAGUCACCAUAUUUGGAGACUCGGCAGGCGGAGUGAGCGUGUCCUACCACCUUCUCUCCCCCCUUAGUAAUGGACUGUUCCGGAGAGCCAUCUCGCAGAGCGGCGUGUACAAAACAAUGCCUGUCAACCCACAGCCUCUUCAGAUGACUAAGAUGUUGGCAGAAGCCGCCGCUUGCAAUACUAAGGACACGUCAACCAUUACAACCUGUCUGAAAAAGAAGACAGUUGAAGAGCUUUUGGAAAAGGUGGCGCCCAUACAGCAGAUGUUGGGCUUACUAACAUUUCUACCAGUUGUAGAUGGGGUAUUCUUAAAGUCUGACCCUACUGACCAGACGCAGACAGGAGAAGGUUCUGAAGUAAACCCGGCAGAGUAUCUACUUGGAGUAAACAACCACGUGUUCGGGUGGAUCAUGCUACCGACGACUCAAAGGGAUCCUCUUGUUGGGAGUUCUAAAGAGGAGUUUAUCAAUUUUGUGAAGGCGGUAACUUUGAUGUCUUAUCAGGGUAAUCAAAACUUGGACAAAAUGGCGGACACCAUCGUCGCUGACUAUCGGCACCCGACUACGCCCGAAGACCCGAUGUCGAUCCUGUACCAGCUGUCACAUGCGUUUGGAGACUUCAUGUUCGUGGGGCCAACAGUUCUGGCGGCUGACAAACAUGCUGCCAAUGGAGGCCGUAUCUUCCUGUACGAGAACGAGUACCGACCUUCCAUCCACCCGAACAGACCAGACUGGGUGGGGUGUGACCAUAUGGAUGACCUGUUCAUGGUCCUGGGACUACCGUUUGUGGACGUCCCUGGAACACCCAUAGACUACUCCAAGACAGACGAGCACGUCAGCCUGAGCAUGAUGGCGUACUGGGCAAACUUCGCACGGACUGGCGAUCCCUCCGACUCCACCGGCGGACCCCCUGACAGCCCCUCCCUGCCGACCUGGCCUCAGUACACACCUGACAACCCGGUCUACAUGAAGCUGGACGUGGUGCCGACCACUGGAGUCGGACUCAAAACGGAGAAAGUAAAACUUUGGAACGAGAUCGUCCCCAAACUAGCUGCUGUGAAGAAAGAUGAACUUUGA